AUGACUGAAAUUGAUCGACAUUUGAUGGAAGAAAGAAUGGAUUUAUUGAAAGUAAGGUGGUGGAUAAUUUGGUUGAUAAUAAGAGGGAAAAAUGGGUAAACUUGAAAAUAAGUUAUGACACGACAAAGUUGAAUUCACUGAAAAGAAAGAAAUAAGAAAAAUAAGCUAGUAAACCAUCUUGGCGCACAGUCAAUUUUGGUAUUUUCUAUGCACUUUCAAUCACUCUUAUUUUGGAUUUUUGAUUUUUCACUCAAAAUCAGCACUAAAACACAAUUUCUUCUACCGUACCCCUUCACACAUUUUUUUUCUAGAUAACCGCCGAAGUUGUUCUGAAAUCAUUCGAUGAAUUUGUUGAAAUGUCUGAACAACGCGUCAAAAAGCUCACAAAAUUAGUUGAUCUCGAACAAAAAGAAAAGAAAAUGCUGCAGGUUUGUCAAUUAUUCAUUUGUCGUUUUUUUCGUCGUUCUUUUCUCAUGAGACAUCUCACAUUUUGUUAUCGAUUCAUUUCAGGAACAAUUCAUCGAAUUAGCCAAACAACACUCUUCGCUCGAACGCGCCGCCACAUUUUGUAGUUCUCGUGGAGGAGAGCCUGUUUCAGCUUAUGGUGAUCAAGAAGACGAAUUUCAUGACGCGGAAGAGGAAUUGUGAGUUUUCGUGGUUUUUGUGGAAAAAAUUUAUGGCUUUUCAAGUUCGUCUAAGUUUGAGACCUCUCAGAAAUAGAUCUAUUCAAGCCUUGUUUUCACACUAGGGAAAAUACGGCUAUAAAAUCGACCUUUCAAAAAUAGUGGUCAAAUAUUUUGUGAAAAAAAUCAAAUUUUUUUUCGUAGAAAAACAUUUUCCAAAAUUUUCAUUUUGAAUCACCCCAUUACAAAAUUGAAAAGAAAAACAAAAAACACAUUUUUUUUCCGGGAUCUUUAUGAUUCAUAAUAAUUCAUUUUUGUUUCUUCUUGGAAACCAGUCAUUUUUCCUCCGAUUUUUUUUCAAAACAAGAUUUUUGACCUUGAAAAAAACAUUUUAUUCAAUAUUUUUUUUCGCUUCAAAUACACAUUUUUGAUUUUGUCCACAACAACCAGAAAAGGAAGUUCAAUUUUCUCCUCUUUCCGGUCUAAAAAACGAGCUACUUAACUAGUUUGGCUAACUACAUUUCUAACACUCUGCGCUCUCUUCUCUCUAAUUUUACAAACCUUUACUUUUAAGGAAAAAUUGGAACUGGUUUUAUUUUGUUUUUUUCGUUUUGUGUAAGAAAUUUUUGGGCUGGAAAGAGAAAGUUAAAUAAAUGUUGCCUUUUUGACCAAUUUUUUCAUUUUGAUAAUUUUUAUUCCAGAACAUUCUCACCAAAUUCCGAAUAUCACAGUGCUCCUCUUGAUAUGACGUCAUCAGAAUGCACCUCAACAUCAUCUGAAUCAACAACUUGCACAGUUAUCAAAAAGGGCCGAAAUCGUCGUACUACAGUACCCGAAAGACCAGAUUUACCAAUUAAUUUAUGGAGUAUUAUGAAAAAUUGUAUUGGAAAGGUACAUUUUUUGCUGCAAAUAAUAAAAUAUCUAAUUAAAUAAUUUAGGAAUUAUCGAAAAUCCCAAUGCCUGUCAAUUUUUCCGAACCAAUAUCGGUUUUGCAACGAGUCACAGAAGAUUUAGAAUAUGCGGAUAUGCUUGAAAAAGCUGCCAAAUUAUCGAGUUUGGAGCAAAUGUGUUAUGUUGCUGCAUAUGCGGCAAGUAAUUAUUCGACAACUUGUCAUCGAACAAAUAAACCGUUCAAUCCAUUAUUGGGAGAAACUUAUGAAUGUGAUCGAAUGGAGGAUUUGGGAUGGAAAAGUAUUACGGAGCAGGUAGGUAGGAAAAUGUGUUGGGGCUGAUUUUUUGCUCAAAAAUUGGAUUAACAUGAGAAAUGCUAAUGUUUUUGCUCCAAAAAUAUGAAAAAGUCUGCAUAUAAUUUGUAGGGAUUAUUUGUUUAUUUGAACCAGAAAUAGCUUUAACAUGAGCAAUCUCACAAUUUUCCUCCAUUUUUCUCUCAAUUGUAAAAUCAGAUUUUUAACCAUUUUUUCCACUAGAGAACAUAUUUAUUACUCAAGAUAAAAAACAAAACAAAAUCGAAUUAGUGAUGAAAUUUCCUCCAAAAAUAACCUGAAAUUUCUGGGUUUCAACCAAAACCCUGAUCUUCUUGCUUAUUUUCGAUUUUGUCAGGUCUCCCAUCAUCCACCGGCUGCUGCACAUCACGCAAUUGGACGAGGUUGGACUAUGUAUCAAGAUUUCACAAUGACAUCUCGAUUCCGUGGAAAAUAUUUGUCAGUUAUUCCUGUUGGAUAUACUCAUGUUGUUUUUGAUGAAUCCAAAAAUCAUUAUUCAUAUCGAAAAGUGAGUUAAUUUCUUGAAAUUGCCAUAAAUUUUCAAAUAUAUAGUUGUAUUUUUUCAGAUCACAACAACAGUUCAUAAUAUAAUUGUUGGAAAAUUAUGGAUUGAUAAUCACGGUGAUAUGGAAAUCACAAAUCAUAAAACUGGCGAAAAAUGUGUGCUGAAAUUCAUUCCAUAUUCAUAUUUUAGUCGUGAUACACAAAGAAAAGUUUAUGGAAUAAUUCGAGAUUCGACAGGAAUUCCAAAAUAUGUUGUGCAAGGAACUUGGGAUAAAUCAAUCGAUAUGUUGAAAGUUUCAAAUUGGAAUGGAAAUAUGGAUAAACCGAAAGUUGAAGUGGAUGAGACGAGUUUGAAAAGAAUUUGGACAGUUAAUCCAUUACCGAAAGGAGCUGAGAAAAUGCACAAUUUUACGAAAUUGACAAUUGAAUUGAAUGAAGAAGAAGACGGAGUUGCACCAACUGAUUCGAGAUUAAGGCCUGAUCAAAGAUUGAUGGAAAUUGGAAAAUGGGAUGAAUCAAAUAAGAAAAAAUUGGAAAUUGAGGAAAAACAAAGAAUUGUAAGAAGAAAAAGAGAAGCGGAAAUGGAUAAAGCUAUGCAAAGAGGUUGGUCGAGUUUUUGAAAGGGAAAUUUCACACCCCACCUGGUUUCAGCCCAGAAGUUCGGAAUUGUUCAAAUUAUUUUUGCACCAAAAAUUUACUAUUUCAAAAUUAAAAAAAACAAUUUCAAUUCUAGAAAAUUCGCGAUAAUAAUGCGAAGUGUUUGGUUUCUAAAAUUUUUGACAAAAAUUCACGUGGAAUGUUUUUACUUUUAUGAAAAUUCAUGUUAAAAUUCGAUUUUUUUAUUUUCUUGAUUUAUUAUCCAAUUUUUCACGUUUUAAUAAAACCUUGAAAAAAUAGGUUUCAACAAUUUUUAUUAUGAAAUUUCAAAAAAUGUUUUGGGUUGUGGAUUUUCUUUAAUUCGAAAUUGAAUUCUGCAAAAUUAGGACCAGAAAUGCAAUAUUUUGAAUUUUCAAACAUUAUCAAAUCUUGAAAAAAAUUCGAAAGAAAACAUUCCGGUGAAAAUUGACUAAUUAUUUUUUUAAACAAAAUAUCCACGUGUAAUUUUUUAUGCGUCAAUAAAUGUUUUUUAAUUCGAAAACUUUCAAACCAUAGCCCUCCUUUUACAUUUUCCAAACGUUUGUUUUGUUUCAGGUGAACACUAUGAAGAAUAUCAACCAACAUGGUUCACAAAAGUUCAAGAUGAACUAAAUGGUGCUCUUAUUCAUCAAUAUAAAGGUGGAUAUUGGGAGGCGAAACAGCAAAAUGAUUGGACAAAAUGUCCCGAUAUUUUUUGA